AUGCGGAAGGUUGAUCUCAGCAACAGUCACCUCAAGAAGUGGAUUAAGUCUGCAAAUUCAACUACUUAUGCUAGUUUCGUGGCCGCUCAGGAGAUAGUCAGGCAGGGGAAGCCGUUCACAGAUGGAGAUUAUAUAAAAGAAUCCUUCAUUAAGAUUUCAGAACAUCUAUUCUCGGACUUCAAAAACAAGAGUGAAAUUGUGCAGAAAAUCAGAGAUAUGCCUCUCUCUGCGAAGACCGUCGAAGACAGAACCGUAAAAAUGGCAGAAAACAUCAGCAGACAGCAAAUUCAAGACAUCGAUUCAGCUGUGGCGUACUCAAUCGCCUGUGACGAGUCCAAAGUCAAAGGUGGUAUCGAACACAUAGCGCUGUUCUGCCGAUAUGUGAACUCUGCAGGGCCGCAGGAAGAAAUGCUCGAGUUGAUACCACUCGAAGGCCGGACACGGGGGGAGGACAUCUGCGAGGCUGUCUUGGAUUAUCUAAGAACCAGAGAAAUAAACACCACCCACCUGGUGUCAGUGGCUACUGACGGGGCACCGAGUAUGACGGAAGCACAGACAGGCUUCGUGGCGUUACUGCAGAAGUCAGUGGGGAGAAAGCUGCUGACGUUUCACUGCAUCCUGCACCAAGAGGCUUUGUGCGCUCAAACAUUUCCUCCGGAGUGCACAGAAGUCAUGAAUGUUGUCAUUCAGAUUGUCAAAAAAAUAAUGGCAACCGGUUUAAAUCGCCGUCAGUUCCGUUCGCUACUGGACGAGGUGGACAGCACGUAUUCUGAUCUCCUGUUGCACAACCAAGUCCAGUGGCUGUCCAGAGGGGAGGUGCUGAAGCGCUUUGCCGCGUGUCUGGAAGAGGUGAAAACUUACCUGGGCGGCAAAGGGCUCACCUUUCCUGAGCUGGAACGGCCAGAGUGGCUGGAAAAGCUACACUUCAUGGUAGAUAUGACAGUGCACCUGAACACGCUCAACACAACUCUUCAGGGGAGAGGAGGGACAGCCCUGCACAUGCUGGAGGAGGUGCUGGCAUUCGAGCGCAAGCUGACAGUGCUUGCCAGAGAUUUGCAGAGAGGCACACUGUCUCACUUCCCCUCUUUGCGAGAGUUCAGACAAGCUCACAAUACGAUAAAUUCGGCGUAUUUGCAGUCUGCCAUCACCGCAAUGCAAACAUCGUUUGGGAAACGAUUCUCUGAGUUCAGGGAGGAAAAAAACACAUUAUCCUUCCCCGUCACUCCCCUGACCAUCGAUCCAUCCCUGUUGAAUAUGACUGCAUUUGCAGGUGUGAGUCAGCCCGAUCUUGAGAUGGAGCUGGCCGACAUAGCCGGCAAAGAUAUAUGGGUGUCCGAGUUCAAACGCUUGACGGCUAAUCUUGAAGAUGUCGCCCGUCAGAAGGCCAUUCUCGCUCAGAAUCACAAAUGGAGUGAUAUUGAAAACCUUCCCAAACGGGACCAACUCGUGUUCGAAACAUGGAAUGCCAUCCCCAACACUUACAUGAACAUGAAAAAGUAUGCAUUUGGAGUCCUGUCGAUCUUCGGAUCUACAUACGUAUGUGAGCAGGUCUUCUCCAACAUGAACUAUAUUAAAAACAAACAUCGCUCACGCCUGACAGACGACAGCUUACAAGGUGGAGGUGACGUCUUACAGCCCUGAUGUGCGGACGCUGUGCGCUGAGGUUCAGAAGGAAAAAUCACAUUAACUGGGUUGACAGCUGACUGCACCCUCCAGUACACGCG